ACUGUCAAGUAAAUAACCUCAAAACCUCAUAAUUUUCUUGUUUUUCAGAUUUUCUAUAAUUUUGAAAUAAAUUGCUUGAAAACCACAUUUCCUAUAGUGUAUUGUAAAUAAAAAAUGUUGGAAGGCUGGUACUGCCGAUCUAUCGCUAAUGAGGCAGCAGCUGCAGAGGAAGAGGAGCGAGUGAUGGAGGAAUCCAAAUUUAAAAAAGAGUACAAGUAUUUGAAGAGGAAGUUUCAAAAUUUGGUUUAUGAGAAUGAGGCAUUUCAACAAGCUCUUAGAACUGCUCAAAAACGAUUGUUAAUUGUUACCAGGGAUCGUACCUUUUUAUUGGAUAGAUUACUUAUGCAUGAAAAAGUGGAUCACAGUACAUCUGAAUCUGAAGAUACUGAAUCAUCAGAUGAUGGAGAAAUUGCCAAAUCAGAACCUCUACGAAGAAGGAGAGAUGUAAGUUCCCAUGCUAAUACUCACCAUAUUCAAUCAGGAAAGGGAACUUCAAUGGUAAAGAAAAAAAGACCAACUGCACCAAGACUUCCCAAACAAGUUCCUCAUUCUGUGCAACUGCAGAUGCCAUCUUCAGGAAUUGUUCUGUCAGAUGGUCACAUGACACCUGAAGAAGUUGAGAGGCACUUACAAUCUCAGAGCUUCAUGGAAUUUGUUCCAGAACGAGCACCUCCCACUGUGCCAACUGAAAUGUUCAGUAAUGAACCAUCCUUAGAUAGUGAAUCAAAUGAUGUAGGAGAACUAGAAACAUCUCCAAGUAACAUUGGAGAAGAAUUGAGUAUUGAUAUGAUACAGGAGUAACAAUUUCCAAUAUUUUGUGAUUCCUUGUAUUGUAUAUACCCCUUUUACUUCUGAGUCUAUAAAGUUUUGAAUGUUUAUAAUAAGGCAUCAUUUCUGUCAUUGGGUUACUAGCAGAGAAGAGAGAAUACUAGAUAUAAAAUCAAAAAUGGCUUAAUUUUUUCUAAUUUAUUGUAUAUGGAUGUGAUCACUAUAAAAUAAUUUUAUUUCAGCUUCUAGUAAUUGAAAAAACAGUGAAAAACUUGAGUGAGUAAUCAUUAAUAUUUUCAAAUGAAAUGAUAAUUGAAAGGGGACAAUUCUCAUCAUUAAUGCUUCCUUUAUCAUCAUAUUGAAAUUUCAAGAACAGAACAUGGUGAUGAAAAACAUAAUUGACCCAAUGAUGAUGGUAUAGUAGAAGUAAUAGUACCUUAAUCAAGGUAUGUAAUAGUUAUUUGUUUUACCAGGCAGGAAAUCACAAGAUGUUAUGUUCUGGCUUUUCAGAGCCAAGGCAUAGUUCAGGCUCUGGCUAGGAAACCAGCCAAUAAAGAUGAAUAUGAAACAAACAACUACUUACUAUAUGCACAUCUUAUCUUUCCCCAUCACAUCAAUUAUUCCAGA